UGUCAUGACGUACAUUACUUUGAAGUGUUUCACAGUUUAUACCAGGCGUACGAGCGUAAGACCCUCUACUAUGCGGCUCUAAAAACCACAACUCCUUUCUUUAAGACGCAGGCAAAAUAACCGUUUCGUCACUUAAGUACCUUAGAGCAGAAAAUAGGAAAACAGUGACGACAAAAAGAAACGAAACAAGUUAAACAUCGAAAGAAAGGCUAGCGCCUAAGCUACUCGCUAGCACCAAAGCUAUGGAAGAUAAGAGGAAAGAAGAAGGGGAGACAGAGAUCCAGGAGCACGGCCCGGAGCACUGGUUCUCUAACUGGGAACGUCAGUGUUUGGCCGAGGCCGAUCGGAGUGAAUCUACUGAGGAGGAGACGGAACAGAGUCAACAAAAGCUGUGGCAUCUGUUUCAGAACUCUGCCACUGCCGUGGCUCAGCUCUACAAAGAUAGAGUAUGUCAGCAGCAAGGCAUCUCUCUCUGGGUGCCCUUUCAGAAUGCAGCAACAGCGGUCACCAACCUGUACAGAGAGAGCGUAGAAGCCCUUCAGAGAAGCUGUGAUGUAGGUAUCCACCUGGGCUGCCAGCGUAGAAAUAAAGAGGUAAUUGCAUGGGUGAAGAAACGCAGAAGAACCAUCAGAAGAGAAGAGCUCAUUAGUUUCCUCUGUGGCAAAGUCCCACCUCCCCGAACAACUCGGGCACCACCUAGAGUUGCCAUGGUGUCGGCAAGUCGCCCAUCUCCCCCAGAGACUGACAGUUCUGUGGAGACUGACUUGCAGCCCUUCAGAGAGGCCAUAGCACUGCACGGCCUCAGCGGCGCCAUGGCUAGCAUUUCUGUGCGUUCUGGCCCCCCUGGUUCCCCAACUCACCCCGCCCAGCCCCUCAGUCGUCGUAGGAAUGGUCUUCAUGACGUGGAUCUCAACACGUUCAUUGCUGAGGAAAUGGCACUUCAUUUGGAUUCCUCAGGCAAUCGUAAACGAGGCUCAGUGCCCUGUAGUGACGUCAUUACAGACUCACCCGCCCAUAAACGUAACAGGAUGCUUUGAACUAUGUCAACACCACUGAUCCAUCCUGUCCUCUCCAUGAUGGCCAACUGGACAGCUGAUGAGGUCUGAUGCCUUGGCCACCUCUGAAAUCUUCCUCUUCAUCUAAGUUGCAAUGCUACGAAGGAAGAAUCACCGGGUUCUCUCCUUCUCUCACCCAUCUGUGACACUAGUCAUGCUUAAAUUCUCACAAUGUUUGGCUUCACAAAAAUACUUCAUCUUCUUGUGUUGCUUCCGUAGACCUCACAUGAACGUGAGCACGUGUUGCAGUUAGCCAUAGUUAACUACGCUGCUCUGUUAGGACAUCACAUCCAAUAACCAGAAGCACGGGCGGCUGUCCAUUAUUUGCGUGCUUCCCCCUCCUACUCCUCAAAUGUACUUCCUCGCGCUCCUCCUCUGGAGUGCUGGUCAGACCAGACAGAACCGAAUCCCAGGGCUCCACCAGGCUGAACUGCCUCCCUGCUGUGUGGCUUUACUGAAGAAGCCUGUCAGCGUGUUUCCCAUUUUGCUGCUGCGUGCUUGCAAAACUGACAGCAGAACUGCCACUUACUGUGUUGUACUUGUCAUGCCUUUGAGAAAGCUGCUACAGUAUAUGUGGUCGUUGUGCAACAGUAAGUGUGUGCGUACGAGUGUGUUUGUCUGCUUGUGGAUGCAGGUUCUGCAUCAGCACCCACUCGACCCAAUUUCCUGUUUGACUUAAAUUUCUCCUUUUUCUGUAGUUGAAAACUAGGGUUUUAUCACAAAGCAGGUCAGUCCAACGUACACAGACGACGGUGUCUGUUUUAGCUUGAGUUUUGAAUGGUGGGAUCAUAGACUUGAAACCAAGAUGUAGUCAUUUAAAAAAAGAGGCGUCGUGGCAUGUACCAUUGUCCAAUUCAUAGGGGUCUGAAUGAAAACAGACCGUAACAAUUGACUUUACUGAUUGAUGCAGUUUGUACAACAGUAGCAGUGUUUGAAAAUGUACCCACGUUGUUUACAUGGAUCCAACCGCCAACAAGUUGAACACAUGCAGUGUUGACAUUUCAUUUCAUCUCCCCAACUUCAAAGACAACACUUUUGAUUUCAGCUGUGAACUGAAGUUGCUUUUCUAUUAGCAGGGCUCAGUGGCUGUAAUAGUUUGUCCGCCCGUUCAUGGACAUUAGAUCUGGUGGUUAAACCAGGCUUUGGAAACUCCUUCUUGCCAGUUUAACACACUGCUUUGUGAUACAAUCUUGUGUAAUGUGUGUAAAUAACAUUUAGGUUGUCAUGUGGUAAAUAUUGUAAAAAAAAAAAAAAAAAAGAAAGAAAAAAGAAGUGCAAAACCAUUGGGGUAUCCAUGUACAAAACAGUUAUGACAUUAAAGAAACAAAUGUGUUUAACUA